UGCUAGGUGAUUUUGACUUUGAAUGAGCGAUUUUUAGUGCGACCCUUGUGUUUGUGCCUCAUCUAUAAGUCUGUUUCUGUAUAACCUGCAGAGACACCGCUAAGAGCAGGGCGAGCAGGGGUGGUCCGGUCAUUUCAGUCAUCUGAGCUGACUGGUUCUUCAUCCACGUGAAGACCUCGUUGCAAAACUGAACUGCUGUCAGUGGUUGUCCACUCCAGUCCACACCAGAGGAAAGUCACAGGAAGUGUCUGAGUGGGUCUGUUUCCUCUCAAGCUUCAGAGCAGAGGUCCUUAAAGGUGCAGCUAACAACUACCACCCUGACACUUAAUGGGAAUGAUACCAGAGGGCUGACCCUGCUUGUCAGUUCGACGUGGACGGUGGUGGUGGACACUGAUUGCACAAUGAAGACCCCAGUCUGCACUUAACCCGGAGCCCCAGGCCUGUGAUCAUGUUUCGCCUCCGGCGUGUGACCUCCUGCCUCCAUAGGCUCCUCCAUGGGGGCACGGGGAACCGGGACCAGGUUCUGGAGCAGCUGAGGGUCUGCUCGGCCGAGGACCAGGUGCUGGACAUGGUGGGCAAGAACAAGGCCAAGCUCACGGUGAGCCAUGUGAGCUGUGCUGUGGGGAUGCUGUGGCAGUUCCAGAGGGAGAAACCUCAGCUGCUCAGGACCGUAGAGCUCAUCAGGACCCACCCACAGUUCCUCACCCUCCGGGUUUUGGCUGAGAACAAAAUCGCUAUAAUGGAUGAUUUCAUCCUGGUGGACAUGCUUUAUAAUUUCCUCAGGCUGAAUGUGGAUCCACAUGACUCCCUUAUACAACAGCUGGUUUCUGAAGCAUGGCUCAGAAUAGACAGAUUUCAGAUGGCUUCCCUGUCCAAGUUUGCCAUUUGUCUCAGUGAUCAGCACCUUCAACACAGUCCUCUCAUGGGCCACAUCACCAGUAUUGUGGAUCAGAGGUUGUCGUCCAUUGAUGAUGCCAGGAUCCUCACGACGCUCAUGAUAAGCACAUCAUCCCUGGUCUCUACCCGGCUGCGGGACGCCUUCGUCAGCAAAGCAGAUGAACUCCUGGACACCAUGGAUCCCUCAAAUUACAAUAACCCUCGCAGAGUGGUGCAGUUCCUCCGCAACAUGAAGUAUAGCCAUCGCCCUCUGCUGGAGAAGUGCAACCAGAUCCUGUUGUCCAGCAUUCCCCGGCUGGACGCAGAGAAUAUCAGCAUCAUCAUGGGGCUGUAUCAGGCCCUGCAGUUCAACAACUGUGACUUCAGGCUCGCUGUGAAACAAAGACUGGUAGAGCUGAUCGAUUCCAGCACUGAUCCUUUCUCCUUCUCUAAACUGUUUGUGGCGCUGACUCCCAUGGCCAGUCCGGAGAUCCGAGAAGGGUUGGAGAACACGGCCUUCCUGUUGGCGGAUGAGCUCAGUGCACAGCAGGCCCUGGCUGUAGCUGAAGCACUGGAAGAAAUUCAGAGCAGGAACCUCAGCUUACUGAACAAAAUUGCAUCAGUGGUCCAGAGGAACCUUCAUGUGUAUAAACCAGUGGAAGUGGCCAGAAUCACACAAGCCCUUUAUCUGUUGCAGUACCAGAACCCUGAAUUCUUCACCAAACUAAGAAGGAUUUUGGUCAGCUUUUUGCAGCACAGCGUCUUCCCCCACGAGGUGACCAUGCUGACCCGCGUCCUGUCCAUGCUGCCCAGCCCGCGGCUCGAGGAGGCCGUGAAGGCGCGCGUGGAGGCAGUGGUGCCGCAGUGCAGCCUCAACGACCUCAACACCAUUUCUUUUGCCGUCGCCAAGUGGGUACGGAACGAUCCGUCCUACCGCCACGGCACUCCCAGCAAGUACGUCCGCCUGCUGCAGACCCUGAACCGCUGCGGCCACGAGAGGCUGCAGACCUCCGACCGGCUCGACCUGCUGCUCGAGGAGCUGAAGUACGUGUCCGGGGAGUGGUUUGAAGAAAUGCUACUGCAGGAGACGAUGGCCACGCUGCAGAGAAUGGCGGAUCAGAUCAACUGGACCAGUGUGCCGGAGCUGGCUUUCUUUUUAACCAGGAUGAAUCACCUCUGCCCUCCGCUGAUGGACCGAAUCGCCAGUGUGGCCAUUAAAGAGAUUGACAAGAUUCACUACUCCGCGACAUACGCCACCCUGCUGCCCUUCUCUGUCCUGAGUUAUGAUCCUCCACAAGCAGACGAGUUGUAUGACGUGUGCAUUCAGCGGUUCACUCCUCAUAUCAGUUCCUUUGACCCACACCUGCUCGUUCUCCAGGCGUACUCGCUGGCUGUGGCCGACAGUUUCCCUGAAGAACUCAUCAGAGAAAUCUUCAGUAUUGACUUUCUGGGAAAACUGGAUUCCCAACUAGAAACUCUGCCUGAUUCCCUCAACAUGCGGACCCGACUGCGCCUCAUGGAGCUCAAUCGGGCCGUGUGCCUCGAGUGUCCUGAGUUCCAGGUGCCGUGGUUUCACGAGAGCCACUGCCAGCAGCUGCAAAGGAAAGGGAAUGGCUCUGUGGGUCCUGUGCAGCAGCAGAUCCACAAAAUGCUGGGUGAAGUUCUUGGUGGCAUUAACUGUGUUCAAGUAGCCGUCGUCACUCCGUAUUUUUAUACCAUAGACUUUGAAUGUGUUCUGGACAAACACCUACAGCCGCUGCCGUACACUAACCUGAACACACUGCAGAUCUCUGACAGAGGGAAGGCUCACUGGGGGGUGAGCUCGCUGGAAAAUGACAAGCACGAGCUGCCACCCGGAGCUCAGCGAGUGGCUGUGAACUUUCUUGACUCACGGUGCUUCUGCAAAAACUCCCACCACAUGAAAGGUGAAGCCAUGAUGAGAAAACGACACCUUGAGAUUCUGGGAUAUCGUGUUGUUCAGAUCCCUCACUUUGAAUGGAACUCCAUGGAGCUUUCAACUCAGGAUGCUUGGAAGGAAUAUCUAAAGAAGAAAAUAUUCAGAGAGCUUUCUUUAUGAAGCCGUAUUUAUUGAAAAAUUAAAGAGAUGUUACAUUGAACACUUUCAGCAUGACUGAAGAGAUACCUGUUUUUUGAUAUAGUUGUUUAAUAAUCAAGUGCUCCUUAUUUUUUGUCAAAGAGCCUAAAAUUGACAUGAAUCUACCUCAUUCAUGUUAAGAACGGUUGUGUAUAAUGUGCUUUUGUAUUAAAUAUCUUAAAAAAUAAACAAAGUGUGA